AUGUUUUGCCGGGCUAACGCGGCGGUCGUUAGUGUUUUGAGGUGUUUCCAGAGGUUUGAAGUCUCGGCUUUAAAUCGUAAAACGGUACCUGAGUCUUUCCUGGAGCUCAGUGGCGGUUCGGCCGCUUUGUCCGGGUCCAAACCCGCUCUGCCCGGAACCAGCCAGCAAAGCAGACGGUUCUCCAGCAACAGACAAAUGCCCAAAAAGGAGAAGGCGGUGAAGGGACGGGCGGCGGCAGCAGGGGGCGCCACCGAGACCUCCGGCCCGGUGAACCGGGACAAGAGCGGGGCGCUGACCAUCACGGUGCGGGCCAAGCCCGGGUCCCAGCGCAGCGGCAUCGCAGACGUUUCCCCGGAGGCUGUUGGCGUGUCCAUCGCGGCGCCGCCGGCGGACGGAGAAGCAAACGCCGAGCUCAUCCGGUACCUGGCAGAAGUUCUGGACCUGAAGAAGACCCACGUCUCCCUGGAAAAGGGCUCCAGAUCCAGAGACAAGCUGGUCAGAGUGGACUGCAGCCUGAGUCCAGAGGAGGUGUUGGACAGACUGCGGCAGGCUGCAGGCUGA